CGAUUAACCAAUCCUGUUCUCUGAGCGACGCACGAGCAGCCUGCGAUUGGAUAGUUCAGACGUCAAUCAAACAAGCUAGCACCCAGCGCGAGCAGUGACGUGGCUGGCUCCUCUCGCGCUGCGUCGAAGCUGACGCGUUUCUGCGGAAGUAACGAAGGCGGAAGUGAGCAUAAGUUUGUAUGUUUGUCCUGAAGUACACGCAGAGGAUUUGCUGGAUAAGUGAUCUCUUCUUGUGGAGGUUUUGGUGAUUCCGCGGCAGAAUGGAGGACACAAGCCCAGAGUCGAUGGUGUCUCCGGCGGGACAGAGCUCCGGCAAAUCGAAGCUGGACACGCUGUCUAAAGAAGAUCUGAUCAAGUUUGCCAAGAAACAGAUGGUGGCAAUGCAGAAGAUCAAGUCAAAAUGCACAGAUUUAGAGAAGGAGAUGGAAGAGUUAAAACAUGCUCAGAGUGGCACAGCAGACUCCUGUAUGAUCCAGGAACUGCGUGAGCGGAUGGAUGCUGUGCUGCAGGAGAAAGCAGAGAGUCAUCAGAGUCUUGUGUUACUGCGCAGACAACACGAGGAGCUCCAGAAACAAGCGCAGGAGACGAUGUCAAGAUUAGCAGCUCUUCAGGAGGAACUAGACUUCAAAAAUAAAGAGUGUACAGAAAUGCAGAAACACACAGCUGAGCUCACUGCUGACUUCAAGACAACCUGUGCUCAGUACGAGUCCAGAAUAUCUCAAGCUGAGGACGAGCUGGCCAAAGCUAAGCACCAGUGGAUGGCAGCGACGGAGGAUCUGAAAGCGUCCCAGCAGACGACCCUCACCGAGUCCCAGCAGGAGAUGGAGAACCUGCAGGGAGAGAUCCAGAGGCUGAACAGACAAUACGAGGAAGACGUGCGCUUCCUGGAGGAGCAGCUGGAGCUGAACGCAGCAGACUUCGAGAGGGAGCGCGAGCGGCUGCUUCUGCUCCAGGACGAGCUCUCGGAGCAGCUAGCACUGAAGGAGGGCUUCCUGCAGGACGUGCAGGAGGAAGAGGAGGUCACUACCAGAGCAGGGCCUCCCAAACCCUCCCCGAGUGACGAGACUCCAGACGACUCCAGCCACGAGGACAGCGGCAUGAAACUGGCACUGGACGAUCUGCAUGCUCGAAACAUGAUGCUGCAGGAAGAGCUGGUGUUUUUGCGAAAUGUGAAGCGGGAGCUGGAGACAGAGCUGAAGCAGGUGCGAGAGGAGUUCACCAUGGAGAAGGAAGAACUGGAGUUCAGAAUCGACGAGCUGCAGAUGAACAGAGGUGAAGAGAGGAGCAGCGUCUCUGAAGAGUCCCACAGCGCCGGCCUGAAGCAGAGCUGCUCGAGCGCUGGAGGAGAUCAAGAGCGAGAUCAGGAGCGAGAUCAGGAGGGAGAUGGAGAGCGAGAUCAGGGGCAGGAGCGAGAUCGGGAGCGGGAUCGGGAGCGGGAUCGGGAGGGAGAUCAGGAGGGAGAAGGAGAGCGAGAUCAGGGGCAGGAGCGAGAUCGGGAGCAAGAGGGAGAUCAGAAGCAGGAGCGAGAUCAGGAGGGAGAGCGAGAGGGAGAACGAGAGGGAGAACGAGAUCAGGAGGGAGAGCAAGAUCAGGGGCAGGAGCGAGAUCGGGAGCGGGAUCGGGAGCGAAAGCAGGAGGGAGAGCGAGAGGGAGAACGAGAGGGAGAACGAGAUCAGGAGGGAGAGCGAGAUCAGGGGCAGGAGCGAGAUCGGGAGCGGGAUCGGGAGCGAAAGCAGGAGGGAGAGCGAGAGGGAGAACAAGAUCAGGAGGGAGAGCGAGAUCAGCGGCAGGAGCGGGAUCGGGAGCGAGAGCAGGAGGGAGAGCGGGAAGGAGAGCGAGAUCAGGGGCAGGAGCGAGAUCGGGAGCGAGAGCAGGAGGGAGAGCGGGAAGGAGAGCGAGAUCAGGGGCAGGAGCGAGAACGGGAUCGGGAGCGAGAGCAGGAGGGAGAGCGGGAAGGAGAGCGAGAUCAGGGGCAGGAGCGAGAUCGGGAGCGAGAGCAGGAGGGAGAGCGGGAAGGAGAGCGAGAUCAGGGGCAGGAGCGAGAUCGGGAUCGGGAGCGAGAGCAGGAGGGAGAGCGGGAAGGAGAGCGAGAUCAGGGGCAGGAGCGAGAUCGGGAGCGAGAGCAGGAGGGAGAGCGAGAUCAGGGGCAGGAGCGAGAUCGGGAGCGAGAGCAGGAGGGAGAGCGGGAAGGAGAGCGAGAUCAGGGGCAGGAGCGAGAGCGGGAGCAAGAGCAGAAGGGAGAGCGAGAGGGAGAGCGAGAUCAGGGGCAGGAGCAAGAGGGAGAGCGGGAACGAGCCGAACGCCUCAUGCAGCAGUACAGAGCCCUGAAGGAGCACACGGCGGCCUCGCUCCACGGUCUGCAGGAGGAGCUCCAGAGCGUCUUCCAGGAGAGAGACCGACUGCUGAGAGACCCAGCCCAGGAAGGACCGCUGAUGACUUCUGAGGACCUAAGGAACAAGACUGAACAAAUCCUAGUGAAUCUUAAACAUGAGGAGACUCUUGUCCUGGAGUUCAAGGAGAUGCUGAAGUUACCAAGGUCUGACUCGGAGCAUGAGCUCAAGAUCAGUGACCUGGAGAAUCAGCUGUCCUGUGUGACCGAGGAGAGAGAUGGGCGCAUAAAGAGCCUCGAGGAGGACCUCAGUGCUCUUCAGUCCAGACAGGACGAGUGUCAGGACACCAUCAGACGUCUCCAGUCUCAGAUCAGCGGUCUGUCAGAAGAGAGGGACGCCCUUCAGCGAGAUGUGGAGGCUAAUCAGGAGCACCUCUCCAGCCUUCAGUGCCACAUCUCUGAGAUCCUGCAGCAGAGCUUCUCUGAGCCGGAGGUGGAUGGCUCGUCUGACGUCUCUGCGCUCGUAGACCGUCUCUGGACGCGAGCUCAGGAGGAGAGAGGCGUGUUGACCCAGCAGCUGGAGGAGCGAGUGGAGCUGCAGGCGCGGGUCAGGGACCUCCUGCAGGAGAAGGAGCUGCUCAAGGCCAGUCUGGCUGAUGUGGUGCUAGACUUCGAGGGACUGCAGACCGACCUGAGCCAAGUGCAAGCCAUGAACCAGAAGCUGAGAACAGAAAACCACAGUCUGCUGGCUCAAGUGGCUGACAGCAGGGGUGUAGAGGAAAAAGAGUCUGCGGAUGAAACUGAUGCUCGGCUCCAGGAGGCUAGCGAGCUCCAGCAGACUCUUGCUGACAGAGACGCUCUCAUAUCUCAGCUCAGAGAGGAAGUCACUCUCUUACAGACGUGCAAGGAGUCAUCAGAGUCUGAUGAAAAUGAACAAAUGAAAGCGUUUUCUCAUGAAAUUGAAAUGCUGAAGAAAGAAGGCAAAGAGAAGGAUGAACGCAUGAACAAGAUCAAAGCUGUUGCGGUGAAGGCUAAAAAGGAGCUGGACAUCAGCAAGAAAGAGGUCAUCUCUCUGAGAGAGGAAGUGGAGCAGCUGAAGACUGAGCGAGACCGAUUGUCACGCUCUGUGAAGGACAUCAUCCACGGCGCAGAGGACUACAAGAACCUGAUGGUGGACUAUGACAAGCAGGCUGAGCUGCUGGAUCAGGAGAGAGAGAAGCUGGGGCAGGCCAGUAAACACAACGAAGAGUUAACCAAACGCCUUCAGCAAGCCGUUCAGCAGCACGAGCUGCUGUCCUCCGAGCGAGAGGACCUCACGGCCCGCAUCGAGACGCUGCAGACUAACGUCACGCAGCUGGAGACACAGAUACUGGAGACACAGAAGCUGAAGUGUGGGCUGGAGCGAGAGCUGGAGGCAGAGAGGCUCUUAAGAGAGCAGAAGGCCAAGGAGCAUCAGUCUGCGGUCAGGGAGCUGGAGGAGCUCCAGGCUCAGCUCAGCAGACAGAGACAUCAGCUCCAGCAGACGGCUCAGGAGCUCGAGCAGCUGCGCAAGGACGCUCAGCAGAGCUCACUGAUGGACAUGGAGAUGGCCGACUAUGAGAAACUGGUCAAAGAGCUCAAUCACAAGCUCUGUGAGAAAGACAAGCAGAUGGAGGAGCACGAGAUGCACAUACAGGCUCAGAAAGAACAAGAGCAGCGGCUGAAGGAGGAGAUGGAGUCUCUGAAGCUGCUGCUGGAUCAGACUGAAGACAAAGCCUCCAGGAUGAAACAGCUGCUGGUCAAGACCAAAAAAGAUCUGGCAGACGCAAAACAAAAAGAAGCAGCACAGAUGAUCUCCCAGUCUGCUCUGAGAGGAGAUCUGGAGGCCCAUCAGCAGCAGCUGGAGGAGCUGAAGAUCCAGUGCAGCGAGCUGACGGCCGAGCGUCACCGGCUGCAGGAGCAGCUGAAGCUGAUGAACGAGCAGCAGCAGCGGACGUCCAGCUCCUAUCAGCUCAGUCUGACCGCGCUGCAGGACCAGUGCACGGCUGCUCAGGCUGAUCUUGCGGCGACGGUGUCUGAGUUCGAGAGUUAUAAGGUGCGAGUGCACAAUGUGCUGAAGCAGCAGAAACACAAGAGCUCAGCCCAGAGCGACGGCGAUGCUUUCAAACAGGAGAGAGAGCAGAUGGAGGCGGUGGUGGAGCAGCUGCGCAGCCGUCUGCAGGAGACGCAGCAGAGCCUCCAGUCCAGCAGCUCAGAGCUGCAGCAGCUGCAGGUGGAGCACGACACACUGCUGGAGCGACACAACCGCAUCCUGCAGGAGACCGUCAGCAGAGAGGCCGAGCUGAGGGAGAGGCUGCUGUCGCUGCAGUCUGAGAGCGUGGCUCUGAAGUCUGAACACGGCCAGUGUGCAUCUUCACUGAGUGCCCAGACCGAGGCGCUGCGCAGCAGCUUCCGUGAGCAGAUGCGCCAUCUUCAGGACGAGCACUGCAGCACUGUAGAGACUCUGCAGCAGCAGAUCAGCAGACUGGAGGCCCAGCUGUUCCAGCUGCAGAGAGAGCCCAGCAGCAGCAGCGGCACAGUGCAUGUGCAGCAGAGCAGGAAGACUCACGUGGACCGGAAGCCUGCAGACGUCCCUCAGGUGGAUCUGCAGGGCAUGGCUAGAGAGGAGGGUGAGGGGAUGGAGACCACCGAGACAGAGUCCCUGUCAUCCAGCGGGACCCCUCUGCCCUCUCUGGAGCAGCUGCUCACCUCCGCAGACCUCAAACACGAGCCUGUUGUGUGGCACAUGGAGCCCAGUAAAGAGGAGCUGAUACAGAAGCUGAGCACAGCCGCCCGCAGCAUGGAGCACCUGAACAGUCUGCUGCACGAGACCGAGGCUACCAACGCUGUCCUGAUGGAGCAGAUCACCCUUCUGAAGAGUGAGAUGCGUCGACUCGAGCGUAAUCAGGAGCGGGAGAAGUCCGUGGCCAACCUGGAGUACCUGAAAAACGUGCUGCUGCAGUUCAUCUUCCUGCGCUCGGGCAGCGAGAGGCAGGCUCUACUUCCUGUGAUUCACACCAUGCUGCAGCUGAGCCCGGAGGAGAAGAGCAGGCUGGCUGCCAUCGCUCAAGGUGAGGAGGAGUCCGCGGGCUCUCGGGGGUCAGGCUGGACAUCCUAUCUGCACAGCUGGUCAGGCAUCAGAUGAGAGGACGACUGGCAGAGCAUCACAUCAGACCAUCACCUCAUUAUACAGCCUUAUUUUUCUACAACUUGUCAGUCCUGAAGGGAUUUCUUUAUUUAUUUGGGUUAUUGAAGAUUAUUCUGUGCUGUAAAUCAUACAAGAAAGAAAUGUUGCUCCUAUUGAUCAUAUUUUAAUAUAACUCCUAUCAUGAUCAUUUUCCCACAGCUUGUCUCGU